AUGAUCCUGCCGAAGCUACUUAGCGAUGAGUCGUCCAUCAAGUUCGUCACCAAGGGGCCGUGCAAUGGCAGGUUCGGAUCCAAGCUUAGGCCUCCCCAAGACGGUGACGUAUCCGAAGGUGACGUAUCCACAGAAUUCUCUAUUGACGAGCCCGUUAAGCUAUCCACUAUGAUGGCCAGUGGUUUCAUCAUCUUUAAAGUAGUUAGCGAGAAUGGCGAAUAUCUUAUCGUCCUUGACGCCACGAAGAAUGCUGCGACAGGUCAUGCUGAGAGGAAAGCACAGAACCUCAAGUAUCUUUGUUGCCUUGACCUACCCAGCAUGGAUCCUGAAGAUACCCAGAACAUGAAUGAGAAGGCGCUCUCAGGUCGGAAACCUGUGAGAAACCUGUGA